AGAGGGUGUUGGAGUCGGAGACAGGUACCCAUCACAGCCGAAUCCCGUCGACCGCUCACCACAGCACACCACGCACCUGAGGCUAGCGGCCGGACGUACCCUGAUGGAGAACAACAUGAGCAACCAGCAGGCUCCUCCACCGCCACCAGGGUACCCGACGACGGCCGCGGAGCAAGGCCAGGCCGGCGGGAAGAAGGGGCGCCGGGCGAGCACCAAAUCCAGGGGCGAGAAGGGCUUCAUCGAGGGAUGCCUCGCCGCACUCUGCUGCUGCUGGAUCUGCGAGAUGUGCUGCGACUAACCGGCCGGGCGGCGAGGCCGCUGCUGGCACAAGACCUCUCGGUGCCAUGGUACCCACGACGAGCUAUACAGAGAGAGAAUUGCUUCUUAAUUCCAGUAUCUCUUAUUUUAGGUUUCAUACUCCUAAGGUGAUACAUGAUCAGUACCUGCCUGCCUGUGUGCGUGUGUGAGAUAUUCAUGUAUCCGUGUCCGGUGCGAUAUUCAUGCACCUCGUCGUGUGUAAUUAUCGGUGUGUACGAGACCGACGUACGGUACAUACUUACCAGUACUGUCUACUGUGAUCUAGUAAUAUUGAUUGAGGGUGCUUCAGUGCGUAUUA